UUAUUUAAAAAAAAUUGAUCAAAUCAUGUUGAAGCCAAUACUUGAUAGAAUCGGAACGAAACGGGUUGUACUUGCCAGUGGAUCACCACGACGCCAGGAGUUGAUACAAAAUCUGGGGAUAUCCAAAGUCCAGCUCUGUCCAUCGACAUUCGAGGAAAACCUUGACCCUUCGCAGUAUUCCUUCAGCGAUUAUGUAGCCAUGACGGCACUCGGGAAAGUCCGGGAAGUAUACGAGCGUCUAUCGAAGGAUGAUGCAACGCGACCGGACGUUGUAAUCGGAGCCGACACCAUGGUCACAAUGGAUGGGCAGAUGUACGGAAAACCAAAAACACCCGAACAUGCAUUUGAAGUGCUGCAAAAACUUAUGGGUCGCACACAUGUCGUGUACACCGGUGUGGUAAUAAAAUAUCAUGAUAAGGAGGUUAAAUUUACCGAAUCGUGCCAGGUACACUUUGGCAAGGCAACAGCUGCCCAGAUUCAGGCGUACGUCGACAGUGGUGAACCUCUCGACAAAGCCGGAGGCUACGGUAUUCAAGGAUUGGGUGGUAACUUCGUGGAAAAGAUCGAAGGAGAUUAUUUCACUGUAGUAGGACUACCGAUGUACCGACUUUCAGUAGAGCUGUGUAAGCUAUUUGACUAUCACAUAGAAUAA